AUGUUACCUCAAUCGGUUGUUUCCCCCUCUGCUAGCAACAUGAGCGUGGCCUCGAUGGUUUCUCCCAACAAUGUUGCUAUUGUUCCCAACGGUGCCGACCAGCGAAGAUUCGACCGACCGACCUCGCUAGACACAGCCAGCGUUUCAGGGGCAAUGCUGGGAGAAGGGCUCACUACCAAUGCGGCCAGCCGACGUGAAAGCGUAGACAGCAGAAUCAACCAGGGCCUUAGUGAUAUGCGCCUGGGAGGCUCUCCUUACACUAGCAAUAACCAAUCUUCGUCGUCCAUCCAAAACACACUCCAUGCGCAGCGGAACCCCAGGCCCGGUCUGGAGGCUCUUGCGCACCAUAGAAUUUCAAAUGGCUACCAGCCUAGUGCUGAGCGAAACCCAGAGCCAAAGGUGAUUAGGACUGCCCCUACAAUUACUGGACCUACGACUAGCCAUAUCGCCCGUGCUGCCGAGCCGACUAAGGGUCAGGCGUGGGCUUUCCCGGAGGACGAUCUAAGAGCCAAUAAUCAAUCUUCGUACGAUGUAUCUCGCCGCAGCAGCAUCACGGAGUCGAUUGCAAGCAGCCAGUUUACCACCGAGUCCAGACUGCCGCCGGGCCAGCGCAGACUUGAAGAUGGGGCUGAGUUUUCCCGCAUGAACUCAUCCGAGUUCCCGCCUGUGCACCACCACACCAUGCAGCAUAAGCAGCUUGCCGAUCUUCAAGCUGAGGAGAGUAACGGAGCAACGGGAUCACAGCCCUAUAGCCGAACCCCUGAGCUCAGAGUAAGCCACAAAUUGGCUGAACGGAAGCGAAGAACCGAGAUGAAGGAGCUAUUUGACCAGCUACGCGAUUUGAUGCCUCAAGAGCGCGGCUCGAAGGCGUCUAAGUGGGAGAUUCUCACAAAAGCCAUUGCGGAGCAUCAAAGGCAGACUGAACACGUCCGAGCACUUCAGUCUCACUAUAACACAGUCAUAGCCGAGAACGAUAUGCUGCGGCGAGAGGUGUCGGGACUGCGAAUGGAGAAUUCUCAACUCGUAGGAGAGCUGAAUCGCCAGUCAGCACCGCCUCCUGCGCCCAUUGGCCAGCCUUCUUACUCGUCUGAUCCCUAUGCAAGUGCUCCCCGGACUGAGCUGCCACCUCUCCGGUCUAUCAGCAACAGCAUCCCGAACGGCCCUGACUCUAUGACGGGUGUGCAGUAUGAGGCGCCGCGAUCCAACGGAUACCGACCAGAGCGUUACUAG